AUGGCAACCUCGGCAGGCAAGACAAAUACAAUCUAUCAGACAUCAACCAUUCGUCCUACUAUCACAGCAACGCCUCCACCAGAAACGACCAGUGGCAUUGUCACGGCAUGGAUACCACUUACUACAGUCGCACCCCCGCCGUUUGAUGCUUGUUGGAAUAUGUCAUUCACAAACGACUAUGAUACCGCAUUCGAUUCUGUUCCUGUCGCGUUUGAUCCGGAUUUCGCAUUUCAAAUCGGAACAGAAGUUGUAGGAUGUCAGCCCACCGAAGUAACCAUGUGGUUUAAUCAUGCGACACCUGCAUCGGGAACAAACACCUUGUCGACUGUGACGAGUAUUCAGCCGGUUGUGUGUCCGAGUAUGUGGUUCACGGCGCAUACCUCGACUGUUCGGAAUAGUGUGCAGGUGACUUGUUGUCCCAGUGGUUACACGGCAGACCCAAAUGACGACCACGGCGUUCAAGCAAAUUGCGCUUCAUCAAUGACCCCAGGCCAAACAUUCGCCUAUUUUAAUUCUAAUAAGAGUACGAUAACGACGUAUUUCUCGACCUCGAUCACCGUUGCAGCGGUGGCAGUGAAAGGGUGGAACUCAAUCGUCGAGGCGUCGGCUACUACAACAACUACUACCGCGGGAUAUACAUCAUCUUCCUUGACUUCCUCUUCUUUUACGGAACCAUCGUCAUCAACAAUAGACUCGCAAACCUCUACUGGCAGCACCACAGGACCAUCCAACGUCUCGAAUUCUUCUGGCCUUCACGGCGGAGCUGCCGCCGGCAUUUUCGUGGGUUGUUUUGCUGCUGUGGCCUUGAUCGGCGCCGGAGUUUUCAUAUUUCUACGAUGGCGGCGCCAAAGUCUAGCUACGGGGGACGUAAGUGGAGAAAACUCGAACAGAUUCGACCUGAAGUCUGGGCAAUACGUGAAUGUUCCUCAGAACGCUAGUCAUCGGUUGAGUGAAUUGCCGACGGCAAGCAACACGCCUGAAUUGUAUACAGACUAUGAUCCAUAUAGUCCACGGUGGAAUUCUGCGGAGAUACAUGAAAUGCAGUAG